AUGGAAGCGAAAUUAUGCCCAAAACAUAUAAAAUUCACUCCUGAAAAUUCGACACCUUGUAUGGAGUGGUUCUACGAAAAAUACAAAAUACCCAGAGUUAUUGGAUGUAUCGACGGUACUCACAUUGGUCUACAAAAACCCAGUAGCAAUGAGCACAUGUUUUUCAACCGGAAAGGGUUUCAUAGUCUCAAUGUGAUGGUGUAUAACAUUAGGGCAAUAAACGCCAGAUAUGGAGGAGCAGCACAUGACUCCUUCAUUUGGAAACAUUCCGAGGAGAGGAAGUCGUUGCAAGAACGGUCUCAGUUGAAUCCUAAAAACAAUUUCUGGCUUCUUGGGACUCCGGAUAUCCGCUUGAACCGUGGUGCAUUACACCUUACAGAAGUCCCAGAGAUGGUUCAA